AUGUUCCGCCUCCACCGCCGCGCCGCCGCUUCGGUGUCCUCUUCGCUCGGGUGCGCGCGCCACGCCCCGGCCGCACUCGCACACGACUCGUCGCCUUCGGUCGGGUCGUUCUUCCGACGUCGCGGCUUCCGCUCGCUCCCCGGCCCAGGCGCCGACAAGCGCGCGCUCUUCCAGCAAAAGGGACUCUACCGCCCGCUCGAGGAGAAGGACAGCUGCGGCGUGGGCAUGAUCGCGAGCCUCAAGAAACAGCCGUCGCGCGCUACGGUCGUCCAGGCCAACGAGAUGCUCGUGCGCAUGUCGCAUCGCGGCGGCUGUGGCUGCGACCCCGCGUCCGGCGAUGGCGCGGGCAUGUUGGUCGCGCUGCCACACGAGUUUAUCCAGCGCGUUGCAAUGGCCGGCGAGUUUGGCGCCGCGGCGACCCAUAUGGUGCUCGAGAAGGAGUCGUACGCCGUGGGCAACGUCUUUUUCAACAAGAGCGCGCCGCACGCGAUCCCGCUGGCCAAAAAGACGUUUGACGACAUGGCCGAAGCCAUGGGCCUCCGGGUCGCCGGCUGGCGCGUGCUGCCCACGACGUCGACGACGCUGGGCGCCACGUCGCUUGCGUCGGAGCCGCACGUCGAGCAGGUCAUGAUCUUGAACGAGAACCCCGAGCUGUCCGGCGACGAGUUUGAGAAGGAGCUCUUGCGACUGCGCAACGUCGUCACGUCUGUGAACGAGAAGAAGUUCUCGGACUUUUAUGUCAACUCGCUGAGCAAUCGCACGAUCACGUACAAGGGUCAGCUCACGCCGGAGCAGCUGUUUGAGUACUACAACGAUCUCUCGGCUGCGGACUUUACGUCGUACGUGGCGCUCGUGCACUCUCGAUUCUCUACCAACACGUUUCCGUCGUGGGACCGCGCGCAGCCGAAUCGCAUCAUGUGUCACAAUGGCGAGAUCAACACGCUGCGUGGCAACAAGAACUGGAUGUAUGCGCGCGGUGGCACUUUGCACAGCUCGUACUUUGGUAACCGCACAUCGGAUUUACUGCCCGUGUGCUCAGACUCCAAGUCGGACUCCGGCAACUUUGAUGCUGUUUUGGAGAUUUUGACCAAGGCCAGUUCGUGUAACCGGUCGCUACCGGAAGGUAUGAUGAUGAUGAUUCCGGAAGCCUGGCAGAACGAUCCGCUGAUUGAUUCGCACAAGAAGAAUAUGUACAAGUAUCAGUCGCUGCUCAUGGAGCCUUGGGAUGGACCAGCCAUGAUGGCGUUUACGGACGGCAAGUACAUUGGCGCCACGCUGGAUCGCAAUGGCCUGCGCCCGAGCCGAUACUACGUCACGAAAGACGACCACGUCCUUCUUUCUAGUGAAAUUGGCGUGCUAGAGCACUUGUCGGAAAAAGACAUUAAGUUCAAACGGCGAUUAGAGCCUGGUAAGAUGUUCCUCGUGGACUUCGAGCGCGGCGUGAUUGUGUCGGACGAUGAGGUGAAGAAGUCAGUCAGUGAGAGCCGUCCUUUCAAGAAAUGGUUGGACGAAAACCUCGUGUCGCUGUCGGAGCUGACUGCAGCCAAGGAGGAGGCUACACCGCAGCUUAAGCGUCGUCCUAAUUAUGCUGAGCUUAAUCGCCGUUUGAACAUGUUUGGCUUCACGACAGAGACGAUGGACUUACUCAUGAUGCCAAUGGGCAUCACCGGUAAAGAGCCUUUGGGUAGCAUGGGUAACGAUGCGCCGCUGGCUGUGCUGUCGGAACAGCCUAAGCUGCCUUUUGAGUACUUCAAACAGCUAUUCGCUCAAGUCACGAAUCCGCCAAUUGAUCCCAUUCGUGAGGAGUUAGUCAUGAGUUUGAUGUGCCCAGUGGGCCCAGCAGCAAACGUGCUUGAUGCGACUGCAGAGCACGCCAAGCGCCUAAUGGUGGAACACCCCGUAAUGUCGAACGCCGAAAUGGCUGCCCUGAAGAGCACUAACAACCCUGACUGGACGCCGAAGGUGCUAGAUGCUACAUUUUCUGCUGGUAGUGGCGCUCGCGGUCUUGUGGAGGCUCUAUACCGCCUGUGCGAGCAAGCAACGGAUGCGCUUGUUAACGAGAAGGCUCCCAUUAUCGUGUUAUCUGACAAGCUGGCCGGUGUCAAUCGAUACCCGGUGCCAUCUUUGCUAGCUGUUGGUGCCGUGCAUCAGCACCUUCUCGGAACGCAGCAGCGGACAAGCGUGGCUCUGUUUACGGAGUGUGGUGACGCCAAGGAGGUGCACGACUUUUGUACGUUGUUAGGCUUUGGCGCUGACGCGAUAAACCCUCACAUGGCGGAAAUGGCACUAAAGAAGAUGAACGAGGAAGGCCUGCUAUACGCUCACUCGAAGAGAGAGAUGACAAACUCGGAGGUGUUUAGCAAGUACCGCACUGCCGUGGGUAAAGGUAUACUAAAGGUCAUGUCCAAGAUGGGCAUUUCUACGCUUCAGUCCUACAAGGGUGCACAAGUCUUUGAGGCUGUGGGUCUAGGCGACGAUAUCAUUAGCAUGUGCUUCGAAGGCACGAAUUCACGCAUCCAGGGCACGGACUUCGAGGCGCUGUACACCGACAUUUCUCGUUUUCAUGAAGCUGGCUAUCCUCUUCACUCGGACAUGCUGCCUUUGAUCCGUAAUCCAGGCAGCUACCACUUUCGCAACGACUCGGAGGUGCACUAUAAUUCACCUAGAAACAUCGUCGCGCUGCAGCUUGCUGCUCGCGAAAACUCGCGCGAAGCGUACGCACAGUACGUUGAAGAGACGAACGAGCUUUGCAAGCGCGUGAACCUGCGUGGUCUUUUAAAGUUCAAGUUUGUUGAUGAGGACAAGAUGCCGAAGCUGGAGGAGAUGGAGAGCGUCGCUGACAUUGUCAAGCGCUUUAACACGGGUGCCAUGAGUCUGGGAAGCAUAUCGCAGGAAACGCACGAGGCCCUCGCUAUUGCGAUGAACAGGCUUGGUGGACGUAGCAACACUGGCGAAGGUGGCGAAGACGUCAAACGCUUCACGAAGCCCGGAGACCCACCCAACCUUCGUCGUUCAGCUAUCAAGCAAGUGGCUUCUGGCCGUUUCGGCGUGACCAUGAACUACUUGUCAAACGCGGACCAACUACAAAUCAAGAUGGCUCAAGGAGCAAAGCCAGGUGAGGGUGGCGAACUACCUGGACACAAGGUUAGCGAUUACAUUGGCUCGAUGCGACACACUACACCUGGUGUGGGUCUUAUCUCUCCGCCCCCGCACCACGACAUCUACUCAAUCGAAGAUCUGGCUCAAUUGAUCCACGAUCUUAAACACUCGAAUCCGUCGGCGGAAGUGUCGGUGAAGCUCGUGUCCGAGGUCGGAGUCGGCGUAGUUGCUGCCGGAGUGGCCAAGGCCAAGUCAGACCACAUCACUAUAUCUGGUCACGAUGGUGGCACUGGUGCGUCGUCCUGGACUGGUGUUAAAAAUGGCGGUCUUCCGUGGGAGUUGGGCCUUGCAGAGACGCAGCAGACGCUGGUGCUGAACGAUCUCCGUUCGCGCGUAAAACUGCAGACCGAUGGCCAGCUGAAAACUGGUCGUGAUGUGAUGGUUGCUGCUCUGCUUGGUGCUGAAGAAUACGGAUUUGCUACGGGUCCGUUGAUCGCUCUGGGCUGUAUCAUGAUGCGCAAGUGUCACUUGAACACGUGCCCAGUAGGAGUCGCUACACAGGAUCCGGAACUACGCAAGAAGUUCCAGGGCCAGCCAGAGCACGUCAUGAACUUUAUGUUUAUGCUUGCCGAGGAGGUGCAAGACUACAUGCGUCGCCUGGGAUUCCGCAAGCUUGAUGACUUGAUCGGUCGCGCGGACCUUCUCAAGGUGAAUGAGGAUGCCCUGCACUACAAGAGCCGCAAGCUCGACCUCUCCCCGCUGUUGAUAAACGCUAGCACGUUGAAUGAGGGUGCAGGGGUGAAAAAAGAAAUUGAGCAGAACCACGAGGUUGAGAAAUGCAUUGACAUGCGCCUGAUCGCAAAAGCUAAGGACGCGUUGGAAAGCAGGGUCCCGGUAGUGAUCGAAGAGGUUGCAACGAAUUUGGACCGUACGCUUGGCGCCACGCUAUCGCAUGAGAUCUGUAAGCGUUACGGUGAGGAAGGUCUUCCUGACGGGACAAUCCACUUAAAGCUGAAGGGCCACGGUGGUCAGAGUCUGGCGUUCGGCCUUGCCAAGGGCGUUCGUCUUGACUUGGAGGGCGACUCGAACGACUACGUAGGCAAGGCACUUUCUGGCGGUGAGGUGUCAGUGUACCCGAGUCCGGACUUCUCGGAGCGCGCGAACCCAGAGAAUGUGAUUGUCGGCAACGCCGUGCUAUACGGUGCUACGAGUGGCGAGGCUUUUUUCUCAGGCAAGGCUGGCGAGCGAUUCUGCGUGCGUAAUUCUGGCGUAAAAGCUGUAGUUGAAGGUGUGGGCGAUCACGGCUGUGAAUACAUGACUGGCGGUCGCGUGGUUGUCCUCGGCUCUACUGGUCGCAACUUCGCUGCAGGUAUGUCGGGUGGCAUUGCCUACAUUUACGACGAAAACAAUAGCUUCGAGAAGAAGUGCAAUCUGGGCAUGGUUGGCGUGGGCGCGCUGACUGAAACUGCGUCGGACACUGAGAUCGAGGAGCUGAAGGCUCUUCUUUCGAAACACCUGGACCGCACACAAUCUCCCAAGGCGCAGGAGGUGCUGGACAACUGGGAUACAUCUAUUGCAAAGUUCGUGCGCGUGAUGCCGUACGACUACGAGCGAGUGAUUUUGCAGCAAGCCGCUGUUGCGGAGGAGGCGAACAAGGCAGCUUUCGCUUCCGUCUAG